UCUUGCAAGGGAGGAGAACAUAUCAGAUGGUAGACUUUGAACACCAGAGGAAAUCCAGGGUUGGAUGAUGGAAAAGUUUCGCACAGUGAUAGACUUCUGCCUUAGUCACCAGAAACUGCUGGGUUACGGUGCCGUGUCUCUGCUGACAGCUGGCAGUGAACGUAUAUUUUCUGUUGUGGUGUUCAAAUGCCCUUGCAAUUCCUGGAAUCUACUCUAUGGCUCUGUCUUCAUGCUGGUUCCAGCCCUUAUUCUAUUUCUGCUUGGUUUGCUACUCAGUACCAGGUCCUGGAGAGUGCUCACAGGAUGCUGUGCCCCAGGCAGGCUGUCAAGGGCUGGCCACAGGGGCCGCAUCUGCCGUUACCUGCGAAUACUGUGGCUAGUAGUCAUCGGUGCUGCUGUGGCUCCCCUCACGUGGAUUGCAGUGGCCUUACUGGGGGGCCACUUCUAUGAAUGUGCUGCAAGUGGAAACACCAUAGUGCAGAGGUACAUGUGCCAAGGUGAAGGAAGUCAGUGCUUGAAGGAACUGCCUCAAGUGCCUUGUGGUGAUGGUUCUUCACAGAAGGUGCAAGAUUCACUCAUGAGCCUGCGAGCACAAUCUCAGGUGAUGGGAUGGAUUUUGAUCUCCACUGUCACCAUAUUGGCUCUAAUUUCAACUUGUAUCUCCCGCUGUCGUUCUCCAGUCAGUGUUCUUCACCUUGCAUUCUGGAAAAUGUACAUGGCAAAGGAACAAGAGCUUUUUGAGAUCAAGGCCAAGGAACAUGCCGCCAAGCUGGCAGAGAGAAAUCUAAAGUGCUUCUUUGACUCUACUGAGCUGAAACCAUUUCUGACUCCAGGCACCCAAAGCUGGCAAGCUAUUUCCUCCUUGUUUGCUUUUAACCCUGAAGAGCAUUACUACAGCAUGAUACACAAAUACGUCAGCAGCAAAAACAAGAAUAGUAGCAUUAGGUCUGCAGAGGGGGAUACGUUUCCUGCCUGCCUCGGGUUUGUGGAUGCUGCUGUAGUUACUGAAACAAAAGUAUUUUAGUAAAUUAGUUUGGUAGUCCUUCAGCCUCCAUUGCAAAAUAAUCUUUAACUGGUUAUGUAAAACGAAAAUCCAUGCAAUACUUUUUAUUAGGACUAGUCCAAAUAAUUCUGUGCAAAUGUUUGAGUUCUCUAGGGCUCCUCAUCAGGCAGGAUGUUAAAAACAAGAACAAAUAUGAAGGAGCAAAGAAAAAUAUAUCUACCAACUUUUUGAAUAACUGAUUGAUGUGGGGUACCUUUCUGGUAACUGAUUAGGGUGUUUAUUAUGUCUUUGAAAGAGUUUGGCUUUGUAUGGCUAUUAUUGCUUUUGGAAAAUCCAAUAAUCAAGCUUUCAUUUUUUUAAAAGACUGAAUGAUCCAUAAUGCCAUUGUUUAUGUGAAUCCCAUACUAAGUGACUGUGAUGGAUAGGACCAGGUCCAGCUCCACCUUCCAGGGAAACAGCCAAUAAGAGUUAGCAGAAUGCUGGGGCUGGUGACUUUGAAAUCUGUUAUGACAGUUAGUGAGAAGGGAUUAUCUGAGCUUGGAAAGGGAGCAGCCUGAAUAGAACUGACUUCUGAAAAGCCAUGUGAUUAUUUGCUGGAAUGAACUGGGAUCGAAAGUUCAACUAUUAGAAACAAUGUAUCUAUGUGUUUGACUUAUCUAAACAUUGUUGAAGUUGUAAAAAAUGUUUCAAUAAUAAAUAACUUCAAUAAU